UUGUUCCUGUACCCCUUGUGGUAAGGGAAAGGAAGUGUGAUCAACAGUAAGUGACUAAUUCAAGCAUGUGCUGAAUUUCCUUUAUUCUUGCUCCGAAUUCACAAUGAAGGGAAGAAAGUCCAACUUUAUGUAAAUAUAUUAUUGAACAAUAAAUGAGAUUUUUGUCAUUCAUGAUUUCUCUCUUUUUCAGAUCUAGCUAGGUAACCAUGGCAGGUGAUGAUUGUGUAAGGAAGCGCCAGGCUGGCUCCACUGCAGCCUCCAAGACCCCUGAGAAUGAAGAAACACAGAGGAGACCUGAGAGUGAGAGGUCCUUUCAAAACUCAAGCAAUGGCUGGGUUGAUGUGGACCACGUGAUAAUGAGGAAAAUGCAGCUCAUAGCAGAAGCUGAGCAACUGAAGCCAGCUUUCAUGAAGGAGGUGGACAGUCACUUCACAGAGUUUGUGAACAGCUUGGUGGCAAAAUCGGCACUCCUGGAUUCCUCAUCUGCAGCCUCCCUUUUCCCAGCUUCCUGUGCAGAGAAGGAACUGCACAAAGCUAAGAAUUCAAGGGCCCCUCCAGAACACGGGAAAAUCUUUACUGCCAGGAGGUCCCUCUUGGAGCUGGUCCUUGGAUUUGAUCUCCUGGUCUUUGUUUUUGGAAAGUUCCCAGUUGUCUUCUGUACUUGGCUGUGCAUGUUCAGUGCCACAGUAGUUGUUCCAUACAACCUUUUUGUGUGGUGGGCCCAAGGCUAUUCCAGUUCCUCCCAUCGUGCAGUCCACUCUUUCUUCUAUGGGAUGCUGUUCACACUCUUCCAAAUAGCUGGGCUUGGGUUUGGACCAACCUAUGUUGCUGUAGCCUAUGCCCUGCCUCCAGCUUCCCGCUUCAUUGUAAUUCUGGAACAGGUUCGUCUUGUUAUGAAGGCUCACUCCUUCAUCCGGGAGAACGUACCCCGAGUCCUGUCCUCAGUGAAGGACAAGUCUGGCACAGUACAUAUUCCCAGAAUUUCUCAGUACCUGUACUUCCUCUUUGCCCCCACCCUCAUCUACAGAGACAACUAUCCCAGGAAUCCCACAAUAAGAUGGGGCUAUGUAGCUACCAAAUUUGCACAGGUGCUUGGCUCACUUUUCUAUGCCUACUACAUCUUUGUGAGACUCUGCAUUCCUCUGUUUCGCAACAGUAGUCAGGAAACCUUCAACCUUCGAGGGCUGGUCCUCUGUAUCUUCAACUCCAUCCUGCCAGGUGUCCUGAUUCUCUUCCUGGUGUUCUUUGCGUUCCUUCACUGUUGGCUGAACGCGUUUGCCGAGAUGCUGCGCUUUGCAGACAGGAUGUUCUACAAGGACUGGUGGAAUUCCACAUCCUAUGCAAACUACUACAGAACCUGGAAUGUGGUGGUACAUGACUGGCUCUAUUACUAUGCCUACAGGGACUUCCUUUGGUUUUUUGGGAAGAAGUUCAGAGCAGCAGCCAUGCUGUCUGUCUUCACUGUGUCAGCUGCUGUGCACGAGUAUGUCCUCAGCAUCUGCUUUGGCUUCUUCUAUCCAGUUCUCUUCUGCCUGUUCUCAUGCUUUGGAGUGGUCUUCAACUUCACCCUGAAUGACAGUCGGAAAGGGCCCUUCUGGAAUGUGAUCAUGUGGACCUCCCUGUUCCUGGGCCAAGGAGUCAUCAUCUGCCUCUACAGCCAGGAGUGGUACGCCCGCCAGUACUGCCCCGUGGAAAACCCCACAUUCCUGGACUAUUUAAAGCCACGCUCAUGGUCCUGUCAUGUGAAGAUGUGAAAUGGGGUGCUCUGGCCAUGACAUCACAGAAAAACAGAGGUGUCCUCCAAGUACUUGGACCAAUGAUCUAACUUACUACAGACUUUUUCUAAGGGAAGUUGGGCCUCUUCAUUAUUGGGGAGAAACUGUAAUUUUUUUAAACAUUGCUGGAGCAAACCAGUUGACCUGGAUUGCAACAGACUUCAAAGGCAGCAUCUAUAACAUGCUGUCCCACUUUGAGCCAUUUCCAUGCCAGUAAAACAUUGAGCUGAAGGUGGAGUCUACUGGAAUCCUACUCAUCCAGGGAUCCCCCCCAAGUUGCUGCUUUUCUGGACAAGAGGCAAGCUAGUCAGAUUUGCUGGUAGCUCAUUGUUGGUAUCCGUCCAUCUUUCUUAGCCAUCAUUUGCAAUUUUUUUUUCUCUUUUUUGGUAAUGGGAUGUCUACAAAACUACUGUUCUUCAUGCUCCUGCCUGCCACUGUGACAUGGACAAGUGGCAGAGCCACAGGGUGUUUACCUCCUUGCUCUGAAGAUGGCCAAAGUUUUCCUGGCUGGCUUCAAGCUGCAUCCUGUGUAUGCCAACAGAUAUAAAUGGGCAGAGGAAGAGGGAUUGUCACCAUGCUGAGGCAGGUUCAGAAGCAGAGGAUGGUGUGUGCAGUCUUUAUGUGACUUUUUACACCAAAAAUUUGUUUCUCUGUAUUCAUUUUGAUCCCAACUGCCUUACAGCAUUUCUGUUCUCUGAUGGCCCUUGUGACUUGAGGAGUUCUUUUUCUUCUUGUUCUUUCUUUCUCCUAUUCUAGGUAAUCAGUUCUUUUAACAUGAUUAACUUGUAAAAGAGCUUUUGCUUUGAUUUGGCAGGUGCUUUAAGGUACACAGGUUCUUAAGGGUUUCUUUACUAAGAAAAACUUGAAAUAAUAUGACCAAACUGUAAGAAAAUGGGAUCAUCAACUUUACAGGUACAGAGCAUGAUCUUGUUUGAAAUGGCCAUGUGCAGUUCAGUGUGCCAGCACACCUUGUCCAUGUGUAUUGGAGAAGUUUUAGUGCUGCUGGGGAUUGGCCCAGAGCUGCUUUCUCACUGCCUGUGUCUGCCCUGACACCAGAGGGAGCUGCAGGUGGAGAUCAGCCUCCUGGGUACUGCCCUCUUGGUGAGGAGGUAGGACAUCCUCCCACCCACACCAAGAAAGACAGGGGCCCUGUGUGAGUUUGGUGCUUCCAUAGCAAUGAACCUGUCAGAGUUCCUUCAGCUCCCUUGUUCUGUCAGGUGCUAAGCAGAACAGGGAGCUUGCAGAGUGUCUGGGUACACAUCACUCCAGCUUUACUGGAACUGUAGCUCCCUUUAUUGGAGACAGAGUCACCUGAUGGACACACCUUAACUGGGGUGAAAAGGGCCACCUGAUAGAGACACCAGAACUUUGGUGACAAAUAUGUUGGAAUUAUUCAAAUGUUAUCAGCAACUGCCAAUGGAGAACAGCAUAUCCUUACUACCUACAGCCCUGGGUAUUUCAUACCAGCAGUAUUGGGACCAUUGGUGGAACUGUCUCCCAAGCCACUUCACACUCUCCUUUGGGCUUCUGCUUUCACUAAGCUCAGUCAGAAGUAAUUUCAUGAAAGCUAGGGAAUACUUCAACUCCUCCAAGUCUUCAGUAAGGAGUGAUGCUCUUGAGAAAGGACAUUGUACCAGGUCAAAUUUGCCAAAUAGUGUUUCUCUGUGAGGUUCUCCUCUGACAACACUUCCUGCUAAAAAUUGUUUGAUGAAACUGAAGUAAUUUCAGAGGAACUAUAUGCUCAAAUUUGGCAGUAUUCAUAUAUAAAAUCCUGAGAAUUAAAUGGAUUACUUUAUCAUCAUUCAGAUUGGUGAGAGAUUUCAGAUUACUCAUACCUUUUGUGGGAGGAGAGAAUAGAAGUUCUGGAACAACUAAGCUUUCUUAUUGAGAAAACAGUCAAAAAUACAAAAAAAAGCACCUUUUGGCCAAACAGCUUUGUCACCUGUAUAGGAUGACAAAGUACAGGAUGAGAUUCAGUCCAAUUUUUUUUUGUCUGGUGCUCAGAACACUUACAGAGGUUACUGCACUCAAAGAGAGUGGGAUGGAUUUGGGACUUGGUUUGCUAUCUUAAAACCCAUGGCAGGUCUUGAUACAGUUUCAGUGUUUUCAAAAAGAGACCAAAGGAUGGCACUUUGUGCCCUGUUUUUGUGUUUCCCUCACACCUGGCACUGUUGUGUGCCCAGAAGGAAUAUCAGCAUUUACUGUGUCAGCAUCAUCACUGUUUGAAGCCUGAGGGCUUGAGCAUCUGGCAAGCUAAAGGCAACCAGAAAGGGAUGCUCAGCUGUUGGAACUAUCUUAGUUUUUGACAAGUUGAGGUUUUCAGCCUUGUAGAUCAAGGCAUCUGGCAACCAUGCUGUCAGGGCAUUAACAAUUUGGAUUACUUUCAAUUUUGUGGGGUUUUUUAAUUGCUUUUGAAUGUGGGCUUAUUUUCAUUUUUCUCAAGAGUGCUGGAGGGGAAAUACUAAGUCUUUUGCACAUUGCUUAUUUAAUUAAAAGUCAAUUACA